AUGUCAAAUCUUACAAAACUCGAAUUUGUGGCUCUGGACAUCACUAGAAAUAACUAUUUAUCAUGGGUACUAGAUGCUGAAAUUCACUUAGAUGCAAAGGGUCUUGGUGAGACUAUUAAGGAGGGAAAUGAAGAAAGUACACAAGAUAAGGCCAAGGCCAUGAUUUUCCUUCGCCAUCACCUCCAUGAAGGUCUAAAGACCGAAUAUUUGACUGUUAAGGACCCUCAAAUUCUUUGGGCCAAUCUAAAGGAAAGAUAUGACCACCAGAAAACUGUGAUUUUGCCUAAAGCUCGUUAUGAGUGGCUGAAUUUAAGAUUGCAAGACUUUAAGUCUGUUAUGGCGGAGCAAAACAACGAGCUGCUAAUGAAAAACCAUAAAUUACGCCCAACUGGCUUUGCUCCAUUCCCUGAAGCGAAUGUGAGUUUACACAAUGGGCAAGAAUUAAAAGAAACACACCAUGCAAAUAGUAGUGUGCGUGGCCGUGGUCAUGGACGAGGGCGUAGCCGCGGACAUAGAUAUGGAUAUAGUCGAGGUGGUCGUUUUAAAAAUUCACAUUCCUACCAGAAGUGGGAUCGAAAAAAUGGUAACAGGGAAGAGAAAGAAAAAGAAGGGAAAGAAGUAGAAACCAAUCUUGUGUAUAAAGAUGGCGAAGGUGAUUUUGAUGAUGGCAAUGCAACCCACUUAGAAGUGGCUGAUUUUCUUUCUACCCUUGAAGGAAAUUAUUAA